CCGCCCCGUUCGUGUGGCAUAUUCAUCUGGCGGUUACUAUGUUAUUAUCGGCCACUUCCGAAGCGGGCGGGCGCAGGCGCGUUCACUGACGAAUCCCCUGGCAGCACAGGUGGGCGCUCACCGGCGGAGCGUCUUGUUUCGUGCGGUUGAUGCACAAGUCUCCGGAUUAGAGAAGUGACUCGGGCGGGCAGGUCACCGCUGGGAUCCUCCCCCUCCGCACUCCUGCGCUCUUGUCAAUCUCUCGCUCUUCUCCGCGUCUUGCUGACUUCCUCCAGGCUUCUCUUGUCGGUUCCUUCCCCCGGAGAAUGAGCUCUUCCUCCCUGGGCACUGACACUCUCCCCGGCAGCAGAACGCAGGAGGGCAGCAUGAAGGUGAAGCAGAGCGGCGGCGGCGGCGGGCAGGUGGUGGCUGCGGGCAGCACGGAGGAGCAGCUGCUCAGGAAGCCGCACAUCACCCCGGAGGAUGUACUGCUGCUGCAGAAGAUCACCGCCGAUUAUUUAUGCACUCCAGAAGAGAAUAUUUACAAGAUAGACUUCACCAGAUUUAAAAUCCGUGAUAUGGAGUCUGGAACCGUCCUCUUUGAGAUCACAAAGCCACCAGCGUCUGAGCGGGAACAUGGGGACAAAAAAGAUGUGGAUCCAAAUGCAGGUAGAUUUGUAAGAUAUCAGUUCACUCCUGCUUUCCUGCGACUGCGUCAGGUUGGAGCUACGGUUGAAUUUACAGUCGGCGACAAGCCCAUAAAUAACUUCAGGAUGAUAGAGAGGCAUUAUUUUCGUGAUCAGCUUUUGAAAAGUUUUGACUUUGAGUUUGGGUUUUGCAUCCCCAGCAGUAAAAACACAUGUGAACAUAUCUACGAGUUCCCACAACUUUCAGAAGAACUUAUUCGUGAAAUGAUCAUCCAUCCCUAUGAGACACAAUCAGACAGUUUCUACUUUGUGGACAACAAGCUAGUGAUGCACAACAAGGCAGAUUAUUCAUAUAGUGGAGGCCCUUGAUCCUGCUGUAAAAAACAGAGCUCCAGCAAUCGAAGUAUUGAAAACAGUCCCCUUCCCCUUUAGCAGUUAUGUAAGGGACCGUACACAAUUUUCAUGUAGGAAACCAAUCCAAGCAACAAGAUUGUUCGCCAGUAGAAGUUAUACAACUGAGCCUUUAUCUGUCCCUUCACUCCCCAAGCCUUCUAGCACACUAAAAUAGUGCAAAAACUAUCAUAUCUCUCCACCUUUUGGUAUGGACGCCUUCAUAAUGAUGUGAAUGCUGUCAACGAGAACGUGGUGACUGGCUACCAGAUCGAGUAGUUUAAUGCACAUCUGCGUCAUGUUCUACGUAACGGGUGUUCUCCUGGAACAUGGACUAUUAUCAAACACCAUUCCAAGUUUGUCGUAGGACUGAUCUGUCAUUUCACUCGGGCCAUGUUGUCUUGGGACCGACUGUUCCCAUGGGACAGAGUAUUUUCCUAUGUAUUUAUUAAGGAACAAACACACACAAGAAAUAAUGAUGUUGAAGUGUCAGCUUGGACCAGACCGUUGUUAAGGAAAUCCAAGCCAAAGAUUGAAUCUGUUCUUCCUCCUAGGCUUGCACUUGUUAAUGUUCCUUCAACGUUAAUGUACAAUUAAAUAUUGCAGGUUUUCCACUAGAAAUUUUUCUCAAUAUGACAGGCGAGACAGAGUUUCCUGGUUUUAGGCAGCACUCUAAAAUAUAAAUCGGCAAUGUCUAAAAUAAUACAUAUGCUAAUAAAGUGAAAAGGACAUUAAAAAAAAAAAACUAUGAUCCUAGCUAGGACAGUAGGCAGAAUAUUUUUGAGACUGGGAAAAUGAAUUGCAAGUGGGUUGAAUAAUAGUACAAAUAUGGUACUUAUGUCGCUACAGUCUUCUAUACAUACAGUGUACACAUUGCCUGGAAGGAGAUCUGUAUUAUGUUCAUAUGUGUAUCCUAUGUUCACUAGUGACAUAAGCAAGAAGUGAUCUAUAAAAUGCUCCAUUUCUUAAUGUCGCCCACUCCUUACUAAUGGACACUCGUGAAUAUACUUUCAUCCAGAGAACAUGUAUGGUGCAUUCUUUUUCUUUUUUUUGCAAUUGUUUAAGAAGGUAUUCUACAUACAUUGUAUGUGUAAUGAAUAUGCCUGUAUAAUACACUGUACAUAACACAGUAUAUUGAAUUGUAUGAGAUUUCCAGUAUGAUGCUGGAAUGCGUCGACCUGUCUAAUACUUGACUGACUGUCCCUGUAUUGUAUGUGUGUUCCGCCGGUGGAAUUGAUGUAAAUUUGGUGGGCCUCAGGGUGCCCGUGUUAACGGAAGUAACCAGAUUUUCAUAAUAGAAUGUUAUGUAUCACUGUGUGGUACAGUGUCACUGAAUUAAAAGGUGGUCAAGGUCACAUGAUUUGAUGUGACGAAUUAGUAUAAUUUAGUCUUUAAUGAAAUAAUCUUUCUUGUUUCUCAGGUGUGAUUCCAUCAGAUAAUGUUCUUUGACCCUUGUAAGUCUGUUAGAAGUUUCGGAAACAUUCCAAAUCUGUUGAUCACAUCGUUCAUUCCUUUUUUGUUUUUGGUCUCAAACACUUAAAGGGCUGCUCAGCGUUUGGAACAAACCGUUCCGAACGCUGAAGCUGGGAGCCCUGCCCCCUCAUGACAUCACG